AGAAGGCGCUAAGUGCGUGAACAUGGCGGUGGAUUUUGUGAAAGACUCAAGUGAUUUUAUAAACCUAUUCAUAAAAUUAAAUAACAGAAUACAGGCUUUAAGUGCUCGUGAUAGUGAUACUCAAAUAAAAGAAUAUUUUUUACACUACCUCCCUAGCGUUGUACCGAAUGGAGAAAUAAGGAGAUUAAUGCCUGAAGUCCACCUCGAGGUAUUAGAUACUACAAGUCAGUACCUGCUUGAUUCAGCAAAAAUGCAGGGCCAGAAUCCAGACCAUAACUCUCUGAUUCUUGAUGUAUCUGCUGACUUUUUUCGAUAUCUUCGAAAUGCUUGUGUUAAGAAUAGUGUUAACCAGGAUAUGAUCCUCAGGAACUUGAGCUCAGCUGUUCAUUUAGUUCACAUUUUGGUGGAAAAAUAUUUAUCAAGAGAAGAUUGUGUGGACUCUGACCUUCUCAGGAGCGUUAAGAUUGGACUUCAGUUUGUGGGGAAUCUCGUGACUGGAAAUACGAAAACACAAGAUUACUGCUGGGGCAUAUUCUAUGAUGAACAUCACCUCUUCAACGGAUUAUUAAGAAAUCAAGACCCUAAAGUUUCUGAAAUCAGCAGCAUGAUUCUUUAUAACUGUUUAAAUUCCUCACGGAUAAAGCAGCUGACUGACAGUCAGGUUGGAAUAGAAAUUAUAGAUGCUUUAAUAACCCAUGUUGCUGAAGGAGUUUGUGAGUGGAGUUUGUAUGUUGUGAAUAAUCUGGUGCAGAAUGAAGGGUUUUUCCUGAGAUGUUAUGACAAGAUAUCCAUGAGAAACAGGCUGCUUGUUUUAGAUCUUGUGUUAGAGGAACUGACUACUAACAAGGAAUCUGCUUCCCAACAGUUUAGUGUACCUUCCUCUGCAGUAAUACUCUGGAAGGAGAAAUUUAAAAAUGUAGCUGUGAAUAUGUUGAAAACAUGCUCUGAUAGCACACAGUUAGAUUUGGAGGCUGUGGAAGUUAAGAAAAUACUAAAUGUUUUAUGCGUAAUUUCUACACUACCAGCACUGAGUGACGACUUGAAACAAGAUUGUUGGUUGCUUGAAAGUUUAGUUGAAACUCUUAAAAGCAUCCACCUACUAGGGAAGACUGGUACUAACUAUUUCACACCCAUUCAGAGCUUGCAGGAAAUAAAUGACUGUAGUCUUUCCAUUGAGACUCAUCCUGCUUAUGAAUUCAAGAAAAAUUUGAUUCGUUUAAUAGGAAACUUAUGUUAUGAGUACCAAAGAAAUCAAGAUAUGGUUAGAAACUUAGAUGGUAUCCCAUUGAUAUUAGACUGCUGUAAUUUAGAUGCACGAAAUCCAUAUAUUUUACAGUGGUCAAUUUUUGCUAUACGAAAUCUACUGAACAAAAACAAAGAAAAUCAAAAAGUGGUAGCCAACAUGUCAGCUACAGGUGUUCUUGUUAAUAAUGAUAUUCUGACUGAACUUGGACAACUAGAGAGAUCAUGAAAUCAGUAUGGACUUGAACUUAAUAUGUCUGUAGUCUUGAGAUGUUUUAGUAAAUGUUGAGUGGUUUUGUGAAGAAAAAAAUACAUUUGUUAUGUUAAUUAUUUUUCAAAAUACAAUUCACACGUGCUGUAAGGGACAUAAUUGACCAUCAGGCUUAUAUUGAUAUUUUGCAUUAUAUAAAGCAAAAUGAAAAUCUUGUAUCAAAGUUCUAUUGAAUGUCAUAAACCAGUUAUGCAUAAUAAGUG